AUGUGGAAAAACCUCCGAGAUCAAUGGAAACGAAAUCUUGCUUUGAAGUUGCCGGCUGAAAGAGAAUGGUAUUUUCAGCGUCGUAUCAACUUUCUCGCUGAUACCUAUGAAGGAGGGGUACGUGCACAUCGCCCACUACAGGACGUGGAUUCCCCAAAUGCCAGUCCGUAUGACGAGAGGCAUGAUGAGUUCAGCUAUCUCGACGACGAUUAUGCUUUCGAAGGCAGCUCGUUGAUGGAUGACUCCUCACCGGCUUCCAUCAGGGAACCAAAAUCGGAAAUGCGUGACGACGGUACUGCUUGCGGUCCAACCUUGGUCACUGUCUUAGAGGAGGCCGAGAAGAAGGCGGCUACAGUGCAACCGGCUACAGUACAACCGGCUACAGUACAACCGGCUACAGUACAACCGGCGACCUCGUUGAAAAAGAACGAUGACACCCCGGGCAUCUCGGUUGUCUCUUCGUCCACUUCCCUAAAUGCUCCACCACCACCACCACCAAAGCGGCAGCGAACAGAAGCCUUGAACGAAGGUGAGGCGGAAGAUCUUUAUCACUGCAUGACGUUUACCAUUCCUAGACAUCAGCCUCAGCCUGCAGCGAAGAAUUUGAAGGAAAACCGUCCGUCCAAUGAAGAACCUGAUACCGCACCCCGUCUCUACCAACGUCAAACUCCCCUCUAUCGAGGAGAAGCUGCCACCUGUGCGCCGAAGCAACGAGAAAAGAUAGUCACUCUCGCUAAAGCUUUGAAAGGGGGAAAAAGCGUUCCUGGUGACCCAACUCAGGCUCAAGCUCAGAAUGGAAAGGCGCCCGGUGAUAAGUUCGACAAAUAUGCAGCGUUUGUCUCCACGACUCUUCGCGAAAUGCCUGAAGCAGAAGCAAAGCGGAGAAUGCGCGAAAUGACAAUGUUAUUGUUCGAGGAUAUCGACUUCAAUGAUUAA